AUGGCUAUAGUCGCUUCAUAUCGUGAGUAUUCCUGCGACCACGAGCUUCAUGGCCAGAUCGAUGAGGUCCUCCCUGACCAGCCACGGGACGACAUGCUCCAAUCGCCCUGCCGUAUUAUUAAGCUUCCUAACGAAAUCCUCGACCUGAUUCUCUCCUACCUAUCCGCCCAAGACCUCACACGCCUGGCCUCUACCUGUCGCAAGUUCAGCGAGCAUAGUGCCAGUGAUAUACUGUGGGGGAAAUUAGUCAACUCACAUCUACCGAACGGUAUAAAGGAUCCGGGUCCGUUCGAGUCUUAUCGCCGGUUGUACCUUGCCCACCUCUCGUACUGGUUCAUCCCCCAGUACAAGAUCUGGUUCUCCGACCACGAUCACACGGGGAAUUUAAUUCUAGCCCGUUAUGACAAUCGAAGGGGAGUGAUUGAUGCAUACCGAAUCAUCGCAGAAAAGGGUGCACCACAAUUUCACGUCUGGGAAUCACACCCUGAGGUUGUGAUCCUCGCGUUCGAACCCGAGGUUAGCUUGUGGCUAGAUGAUCCUGUUCUGGUCCUUAAAGACCAGGAUCCAUCGUCCAAGGUAGCGGCAUCUCAAAAGUGGAUGCCUGAGCGUCGAAUGCCCAUGUCGGCGGAAUUACACGGUCUUUUUAACUCCUUGAUACUGUGUCCCAAAGACACCCAAUCAAGCAAUGAAUCGGAUGCCAAACUUUGGCCCCCUCCAUUGAUACCCGCGAACAGCCGCAUUGAGAGGGAAACAUCGCCUCUCAGGCUACCCGAGCGCGCAACCGAAGUUUCAGAAAAAGGGUUCCGUAUUCGAAGAUGGGCACAUUUCCGGUUUGGAUUCCAGGCAGGGUUGGCUAGUGAGAACGAAGCAAUCUUCUCCUACGCCACGCUUGACCCGAGCCUGUAUAUGCCAACAAGAGAGAAACCCUACCAGGGUAUCUGGGUUGGAGACUAUUCUGCACACGGAUGUGAAUUUCUUCUGCUUUUCCAGGGAGAUCCGCCUCCAUCGGAAUCCGAGGAGAAUGAAGGCGAGAUCGCCGGAGACAUCGUGCAGAAAGGUAGCUUGGAAGCAGUCAAGCUUACUGGCGACCCGAAUGUCCCUCGUGGCGAGUACUCGUUCCUCGCCGAGGACAUUGGUUCAAAUGGGCUUCUCUCUGUGUCGGACUCGAAGCCGUUUAAAGGCGCACGAAUCGUGCGUUGUAAGGGACAUCUAGCUGGUCUUGGUUUCCGCGACGACACUUUCAUCGACUCCCAGCUUAUUCUCAUCUCGACAGAUUACCUAGCACACUACUGGGUGGAGUUGGGGCACAUCUCAUACUACCGCCGUGUGGAUAUCGAUGCUCUCUUGCAGACCUGA